AUGAAGGAUUUUGGUGUAGGGACCUAUAUGGCUGCACAGAAAAAAAUGCUCUCACAAUCACAUAUCGAUGCCCGAAUUAUAUGGGGAUUUGACCGUCGAUAUUGGCAAUUGGAUGCAUUUAAGAAGUUUCGAUGGUGUGACGAGUCCCAUUUUGCCACUUGCUUGCAACGACAAGCUCGAAUUCAUCGUCGCAAGGGUUAUGAGGCUCGAAAUGCCCUUUCAAAGACCCAAUUUAGAUUGAAGCGCCAAAAUCAAUCUGUACACGUAUAUGGCGUUAUUGGAUGGAAUUUCAAGGGUCAGCUCCACUUCUAUACUGGCUCUGGUAUAGGGGGACGGCUUGUUCAAGCUGAUUAUAUGACUAUUUUGAAAGAAAUCGUCGCUCCUGAUUGGGAUAAAGAUUGCAUAUUAAUCGAAGAUAACGACGGGCCUCAUGGUACCAAGGGCAAGGGUCCUAACAAGGUCAAAGCACUCAAGGACCUUCUAGGGAUCAAAUGGGAGAUGAACCCUGCUAAUUCGCCUGAUCUCAACCCCAUUGAGACGAUCUGGAGGAUAAUAAAGCAGCGCUUGAAGUCCAGGGGGGUCAUCUUCGAAGAAGCUGUUCUGCGCAGGGCUAUUCAGGAGGAGUGGGAUAAAAUAACUCUGGAUGAGAUUAAUAGGGCUAUCUCAACAAUGCCAGAUAGAGUAGCUGCCCUAAAUGAGCGAAAUGGGCGCCCUAUCCCCUACUAA